CAACAGCGCGAGACGUGGUGUGAUUAUCGCUGUGUGCCUUUGUUCCAAGUAUUUCAGGAACCUGUAGGUUGAAAUUAAAUACUGCGUGAAAGGAUGGUUAUAUGAACGCAAGUGUAUGGCUAAUUGAGUGUACAAAAAAUCAUAGAAUAUCGAGGUAGUUGCCUGUCGUCCUAACGCCCAAGUGUAACACCCCACUGUGAACGAUGGCUAACUACUACGACAUACUAGAAGUGCAACAAACCGCCACGAGCGAGGACAUCAGAAGGGCAUAUAGAAAAUUGGCAUUGAUAUGGCAUCCAGACAAAAACCCUAAUAAUCUGGAAGAAGCGAACAAAAAAUUCAAAGAAAUAUCCGAGGCAUACGAAGUCUUAAUUGACGAAAGCAGAAGAAGAAUCUACGAUCAAUAUGGAAAGAAUGGACUUCAAAUGUACGUUGGUAAGGAGCCCCACAGGAACAACUUUGGUCCACGCUUCAUUAACACCUUCAUGUUUAGAAACCCACAGGAAGUAUUUGAAGAAUUCUUUCGUCCUGCUAUUUUCGAGAACCCGCCCCCUAACCUUAUUAGAGGCGAUGUACACCCGCCGGUCAGACCCAACGGGUAUAUGCAUCCAAGCAGUAACAGCAUUAGCAUACCAUCCUUUACUUCGAUAAGAUUUCCUCCGAUGGGACCUCCUCCGAUGGGACCUCCUCUGAUGGGACCUCCUCUGAUGGGACCUACUCUGAUGGGACCUCCUCCGAUGGGACCUCCUCCGAUGGGACCUCCUCCGAUGGGACCUCCUCCGAUGGGACCUCCUCCGAUGGGACCUCCUCCGAUGGGACCUCCUCCGAUGGGACCUCCUCCGAUGGGACCUCCUCCGAUGGGACCUCCUCCGAUGGGACCUUCUCCGAUGGGACCUCCUCCGAUGGGACCUCCUCCGAUGGGACCUCCUCCGAUGGGACCUCCUCCGAUGGGACCUCCUCCGAUGGGACCUCCUCCGAUGGGACCUCCUCCGAUGGGACCUCCUCCUCCUUCUCCUCCUCCUCCUCCUCCUCCUCCUCCUCCUCCUCCUCCUCCUCCUCCUCCUCCUCCUCCUCCUCACUUUGGUUUAGUAUCAUUCAACGGCGUACCUCGAGGUCAGCCAAGAAACAUCAUCUGGAUCAAUAGGGAUGUGACUGGAUACAGAGGUCCUAAUUACGUGAAACAGACGAAUAUUUCAACUCAAAUUAUCAACGGCAAAAAGAUCACCAUCAAAAAGGUUUUUAAAAAUGGAAAGCUAACAGUAAUAUUGUACGAGGAUAAUGUCAUGAAGUCGAAGUUAGUGAACGGCCUGCCACAACCAAUGAAGUCCACUUAAAUCAUUUCUCUAUCAAGAA